AUGCAUCCCCCAGCACGUCAGCACUCAACCGGCUCGCUGGAUCAGUUCGAUCCAGUGAUGGUGACUCCAGUCAUUGGAAAUGAGUUCACCAAUGGGAGCUGUAACAUUGUCGACGAUAUCCUGCGUGCUCCAGACGCCGACCAGCGCAUUCGUGACUUGGCAAUUAUGAUUGCCGAACGAGGAGUUGUCUUCUUCCGUGCCCAGGAUAACCUCACCAACGACCUUCAAAAGGAGUUGGUUCUUCGAAUGGGUGAAUUGACCGGCCGCCCAUCGACUCACGGCCUACACAUUCACCCAGUUACGAACGACGCUCGCGAGUUCGGCGAUCCGGACCCAGCUAUUAGCACCAUCCACUCAGAGGGACGCAAGAAGCUGUACAAAGGAUCCAACUAUACCAAAAUGGCAGCUGUCUGGCAUAGUGAUAUCUCCUUUGAGCCAGCCCCAGCUGACUUCUCGUCGCUGCGCUUGACCCAGCUGCCAAAGACUGGCGGUGAUACUCUUUGGGCGUCGGGAUAUGAGGUUUACGAUCGAAUCAGCAAGCCUUAUCAGAAGUUCUUGGAGACCUUGACUGCGACCCACGACGGUGAGGGCUUCAGGCGUAUGGCUCAGUCGGGUAAAUUCCAGAUUUAUGAUAAAGAGAGAGGAUCGCCUAAAAAUGUUGGGGGCGAUCUUUAUGCAAUUCACCCUGUUGUGCGAACUAAUCCAAUUACUGGCUGGAAAUCUAUCUUUCCAAUUGGUUCAUUCCCCUCUUGCAUUAACGGACUGAACCGACGAGAGAGUGCAAAUAUGCUACAGUGGUUCCAUGACCUUAUUACAUAUGGUCAUGAUCUCCAGGUGCGCUUCAAGUGGAACCACCCGAACGAUAUAGCGAUUUGGGAUAACCGCAGUGUCUUCCACACUGCAACAGGCGACCACGAGGGCUUUGGACCGCGCAGUGGAAACCGAGCCGUCGGUGUUGGUGAAGUGCCUUACUUUGAUCCUGCAAGCAAGUCGCGUCGGGAGGACUUGGGUAUUAUGGAGGACCUUGCUCCUUGCCAUCUGUAG